AUGUCUGAAUUCACCGCCAAGAGAAAGGAAGCCCCCACCGAUGCUGUCGUAAACAACAAGAAGCCUAAGCCUGAGGCCCGUCGUGAACAGAGACAGACCAAAAUGGAGCGCAAGGCUCACGAUCGCAACUUCGACAUGAUCUCCGAGGCAAAGCGUAUUUGGGAAAAAUUGCGCCGUAGUGAUAUUAAGCGUGAUGAGCAGAAGCAAUUAAUGGACGAGAUCAUGGCUGUUAUUACCGGUCGUGUUCAGGAAGUUAUUUUUAAGCACGACGCAUCACGUAUGAUCCAGACAUGCUUAAAGAAAGGUAACUCUGAUCAGAGACGUCAGAUCGCCGAGGAACUUAAGGGCAAGUACCUUGAGCUGUCAAAGUCGAUGUAUGGAAAGUUUAUUGUUAUUAAGGCACUUGAGUACUGUCAUUGGAUGCGUGAUAGCAUUCUUGCUGAGUUCCGUGGUCACAUCCGUAAGCUUAUCCGCCACAAAGAAGCUUCGAAUGUCAUUGAAUCAUUCUAUUCUCAGUACUCCACCUCUGCACAGCGCCAGGAACUAUUGUCGGAGUUCUAUGGUCCUGAGAUGACUCUCUUUAACCACGGUGGAGGAGCCAAGUCUCUUGAUGAAUUAUUGGAGAAGCUCCCCGAGAAGAAAGACUCUAUCUUGAAAUAUAUGGGAGAAAUGUUGGAUGGCUGCAUGGAUAAGGGUACUGUUGUCAACAGUAUUGUACACAAGGCAUUGCUUCAGUACCUGGUGCUUACUGACGAUAAGGGUCGCGAGAAUGUUCUUGGUCAUAUCAAGGAGAAUCUUCAAGACAUUGUCCAUACCCGUGAAGGUGCUCGCGUUGCUAUGCUUUGUUUGACAUAUGCUACCCCCAAGGAUCGUAAAACCAUUAUUAAAGCCUUCAAACCGUUCCUUUCCAAGAUUGCAUGUGACGAACAGGGUUACAUUGUUCUGUUACGUCUUUUGGAUGUUACUGACGAUACUGUUCUGAUCACCAAGGCUGUUCUUGGUGAAUUGAGUAAGAACGCCAAGGAACUAUUCGCCAACAAAUUUGGUAGACGUUUCUUUUUGUAUAUUUUGGCUGGACGUAAUACCAGAUACUUGUCCCCCGAGACUGUUCAGGAAUUGAAGGCUGGUGAUGCUAUUCGCACCAGCAAAAAAGAUCCCCAACAAAGAUCGCUUGAACUUUUGAAGGCAAGUUCACCACUUUUGAUCAAGAUGGUGGCAGAUAAUGCUGGCACAUUGAUGCGCGAGAAGCUUUCAUCCCAAGUAGUCCAUGAAAUUAUGCUCCAUGCUGAUGGUGACAAAACUGCUGCUAUCAAUUCUAUUUUGGAAUUGGCUGCAGAGCCCAUCGAAAAUGAGAACCAUAUUAUUGUGGAUAGAUUCGCUAACCGUAUCAUCAAGGCUAUGAUUAAGGCUGAUACCGCAGAAGAAUCGAACGAUAAGGCUCUCGCUCCCCUUGAGUUCGCUCCCAAACUUCUCGAGGUUAUUCAGCCCCAUCUUGGCUACUUUGCUACAAACUUCGGUAGCUUUGUUGUCGUCGCACUUGCAGAAGAGCCGUCAACCAAGAAGGAUGUUCGUAAGGCGCUCAAGCCCCAUAAAAAAGAGAUCGAGGCAGCAGCGGAGAAGAAUUCUGGAGCCAAGCUGUUGGUUGAACUCUUGGCUGCCAAAUAAAUACGCCACUCUUAAUCUCGCUUUGCUUACCUUCCCGCUUUUUUUUACCUUUCACUUUCUUUAUCCCUCAAUAAUUCUAUCUAGAGAAAACCGCAUCAUUUCAUAAAGAAUAUCUUUCUGCAACUUUU